UCCGAUCGGUUUCUUCUUCGCGAAGAAGUUCAAUUCGAACCCUAGUUAUGGUUAAGGCUUCCUCAGAACCUUCCGAGUCAGUUUCGGUGUCCACUAAGACCAGUGAAGCUGUUGUAUUCACUGCUCCUCCCGGUUUCAAGCCACCGGAGCCGAAACGGUUCGCCGUCAAAUCCGGAAAACUAUUCGAUGUCUUGGGUGCAGCAAUUGGAUUGUUUUUCCGAUUCGGCACUGGGGUUUUCGUUUCUGGGUACUCUGCAUCUUUCGUGUCUAAGGAAGAGAUUCCAGCUGACCAGUAUGCGUUGCGUUUAGGCGGGAUCACGGUAAAGGAAACCGCUAAGGUCGGGCCUCGUCCUGAGAAACCCAUUGAGAUAUAUGAGUUUGAAGGCUGUCCCUUCUGCCGUAAGGUCAGGGAAAUGGUUGCAGUGUUGGAUCUUGAUAUUCUCUACUAUCCUUGUCCAAGAGGGAGUCCAAAUUUCCGCCCGAAGGUUAAACAGAUGGGCGGGAAACAACAGUUUCCGUAUAUGGUGGAUCCCAAUACCGGAGUGUCCAUGUAUGAAUCAGAUGGAAUCAUCAAAUAUCUAUCCGAGAAAUAUGGAGAUGGAACAGUUCCGUUAAGUCUGUCACUUGGUGCUUUAACGGCUAUAACAGCUGGCUUUGCAAUGAUUGGUCGUAUGGGAAAGGGUAACUUGUACACACCUGCGAAACUACCACCUAAGCCACUAGAAUUCUGGGCAUACGAGGGUUCCCCAUUCUGCAAGCUUGUACGCGAAGUUCUUGUAGAGCUGGAGUUACCACACAUUCAGCGCAGUUGUGCUCGCGGUAGCCCCAAACGGCAGGAAUUGCUAGAGAAAGCUGGUCACUUUCAGGUGCCUUACCUGGAAGAUCCAAACACUGGAGUUGCGAUGUUUGAGAGUGCAGAAAUCGUAGAGUAUCUCAAGCAAACUUACGCUGCUUAAGUUUUCUUCUUCCUCACUCUGUACUUAUAGAUACAUGUUAAUUGUUGUGUGUAUGUUCAGCUACUUUAUGUUCCAAUAAUAAACUGAACUCAGUUAUGUGUAGGGUUUAAACAAGAAGUGUACUUAUGUAUUAUAAGUAAAGUAUUGUGAGAGUAAUCCUCCAAGUUUUGAGAACACAAUUUGAAUGGUGAUCUAUCAUAUUAAAGCUGAUUUUUUGGU